AUGUCAAGUCCAAAAAGAGUUUGCAUCGUCGGCUUUGGGAACUGGGGUUCUGCUAUUGCUAAGAUAGUUGGCACAAAUGCAAGGAAUAACUCAAAGUUUGACUCCACGGUUAACAUGUGGGUGUUUGAAGAGACGGUGAACGGACGUAAGCUCACGGAGAUCAUAAACACAGACCAUGAGAACGUCAAGUAUUUGCUUGGACACAAGCUUGCGGAGAAUGUUGUGGCGGUGCCAGAUCUGCUCGAUGCUGCCAAGAGCGCUGAAAUUCUGCUCUUUGUGAUUCCACAUCAGUUCAUCGGUCGUGUUUGUGACACCAUGAAGGGCAAAAUCAAUCCGGAUGCGCUGGGAAUGUCACUCAUCAAGGGGGUGGAUGAAGGACCGGACGGACUGAAGCUGAUCUCUGAGGUUAUUCACGAGAAGCUGGGCAUCAAGAUGAGCGUGUUGAUGGGAGCAAAUAUCGCCAAUGAGGCGGCGGAUGAGAAAUUCUGUGAAACCACCAUUGGCUGCAGAGAUCAAGCUCAGGGGGCGCUGCUUAAGGAACUCAUGCAGACACAUCACUUCCGGGUCACGGUCGUACAGGAAGCAGAUGUGGUUGAGAUCUGUGGCGCUCUGAAGUUUCAUUCGCUGAUCCUCAGAUAUGACUGA